UUAUAGAGUUUGUAAGUGUUUUGGAGUUUGUACAUGCUUUGUCUAUAGGGGCCACCGUAGUUUUUUACUACUUGCUACUUGCUUUACUACUUGCUCAUGUAAGUUUGAGACCCCUGCUAUAAAUAAUGAGACACAAGAAAUGGCUCUGUUUCUUUAAGAGUCACGUGUGUUCCUUCGUAGCCUAGGAGAAGUUUUGUUUACUUCCGGGUUGUUCGAGUCGAAAACAACAGAGGGGUACCAACACGCCCACAGGCGCGGAUCAAAGCGGAUUAAAGUACCGCAGAGAUGGCAGGCGAGGCUGAAGAUGACAUUCCGGAAUCGGGGGCAGUUUUCACUUUUGGAAAGAGCAAGUUCGCUGACAACAUUCCAAGUAAAUUUUGGCUUAAAAAUGACAUCCCACUCAGAAUAGCGUGCGGCGAUGAGCACACCGCCUUAAUAACAGAAAAUGGGAAGCUCUUCCUGUUUGGUAGCAACAACUGGGGCCAGCUCGGCCUUGGCUCCAAAGUGACUGUCAACAAACCCACCUGUGUCAAAGCCCUGAAGUCUGAGAAAGUUCAACUGGUGGCUUGCGGGAGAAACCACACGCUUAUCUGCACAGCCCAAGGGAAGGUGUAUGCCUCAGGUGGGAACAGCGAGGGUCAGCUGGGGCUUGGAGACUGUGAUGAGAGGACUUCCUUCAAGAGACUUGAUUUUUUUGAUUCACAAGGACCAAUCAAGAUGCUUGCUGCGGGUUCGAACAUCUCAGCAGCUCUCACCGUGAGUGGUAAACUCUUUAUGUGGGGUGAUAACACAGAGGGUCAGAUUGGUUUGGGUAAGGAGAGUCAGGUGUCAUCACCCCAGGAAGUCAGUGUAGGCCGACCAAUCAGCUGGGUCUCCUGCGGGUACUACCAUUCAGCUUUAGUGACAGUGGAUGGCGCUCUGUACACAUUUGGCGAGCGGGACAGCGGAAAACUGGGUUUGGGCACCCACCAGCUUCCAGGGCACCGAGUGCCUCAGCUGGUGAAGAGCAUCAAGGAGCCAGUGACGCAGGUGGCCUGUGGGGGUGGACAUACAGUGGCACUCGCAGAGGGAAGUGUGUACACGUUCGGCCUCGGUCAGUUCGGACAGCUCGGCCAUGGGACAUUCAUCUUUGAGUCCCGGGUGCCGCGUUUGGUUGAGCACUUCAAGAAGGGACGAGCCUGUCAGGUGGCCUGUGGAGAAAACCACACCGCUGUCAUUACAGAAGACGGGUUGCUAUACACGUUUGGAGAUGGCAGACAUGGAAAACUUGGUCUGGGGGAAGAAAACUUCACUAACCAGUUUAAACCAACGCUAUGCCUGCGAUUCCUGAAGUAUAAUGUUCAGGGAGCGAUGUGCGGCGGAUGUCACAUGGUGGUGCUGGCUCGGCCGAGGGCCCGGGGAACCGGUGAGGUCACGCUGGAGGAUGACGAUGUGACGGAAAAUUUCCUGGAGAAACCAUACGUGGAACUGCUGGGUAACACAGUUGACUCAUCUACGCUGCAGAGGAGCCUCUCAGCCCGGGUUCGCAGGAGGGAGAGGGAGCGAUCUCCAGACCAGUUUGGCACCAUGUUCCGCACGCUGCCUGCCAUGACGCCAGGUAACCUCCUCCCGCCACUGACAGCCUCCAGCCAGACCAUACCACCACGACUGGCUCCGCCUGAGGUGAUCCACGGAAAGGUGCUCAAUGGCACUUACCAGCACAGGAACGAGGAGUCGACCCACCAGGAGCUGGCAGGUGGGGAGACAGACAGUGUUGUGGAAAGUCUGACAGACACUGACAGCGUGAGAGGUCUUGGAGAAACCAGAGACUUCCUCAACAUGACUCAUGUGAUGAAGAUAGACCCCAGUGAUAAAACCCUCACGCUGUCUCCAGUUCAAAAGAGGAAGGGUAAGAAUGGUAAGGCUAUAAAAGAACAGAGUCAAAGAAAGCAGAGAAAGCUCUCAAAGCAGAGCAGUUUCUCUUCCACUUCGCUGCCUUGUAAGAGUGAGGCUGCCUCUCCCCUCCGGGCGUUACCCACUGAACUCCUGAGGAGUCGUAGCACUCGUACUCAGGGCCCGCAGAGCCCCCAGAGACAUCAGAAAAGCAACCAGAACAAGGUGAAUCUGAUCUUGGCUGUAGAGGAGUUGCAGGAGAGGCCCAGUAAAAACAAACCUACAAGCAUCAGGGACAUAAAUAAGGCAGCAUCCAAAGAGCAACAAAUGCAAGUUCACAGUAAAAGCCAGGUGAUAGGGGUUCACAGGAAGCUGGCAGCAGACUCAAAACAAAGUCCAGAAACUAUGAAGAAAAGAUUAGAUUUCAACUCUAAAUCUGCUAAAGUUGAGAAAGUGAAGUCUAAGCCUGUGAGGGUUAAAAGCAAACCCACAGGAAUCAGUUCACCAGGUAAACUCAGUCAUACAGACUCAGCAAGCUUUCACCUGAGUGACACUUUGGAUGAAGAGAGCAUAGUGGGCUCUCAGCAGGUUUCUGAGGUGAAAAAAAUCCCCAAAUCUAAAGAGAAGAAAACAGAUUUGUCUAAGAAAAACAAGAAUGAAAAAAACAUGAAAGAAGCUCAAAUCAAAAAAGGGUCAGAGGUUCAGGAAAAGUCAACAGAUCUCAGCCUGCUUGUUGGAGCUGCUUCGCUCGCUGCAGGAGCAGCUUUGAUCCAAGCUGGAAGACGAUUAAGCUCCACAUCCCUUUCUGAGAACAGUUGUGCUGUACUUAAAGAGAGUGUGACUAAAUCACUGAGUGAGGAAUCUGAAUCUUACGCUGCCAAUUUUAGCCACAGAUCUGCUGUCAGCAUCAACAUCAUACCCGCACCUGAAAAUCCUGAAAUGAGGACAAUCUCAGAUCAAAGUGAACAGCAGAUGGACUCUGCCGCAAUCAAAGAGGAUAAGGAGGAUAAUGACGAAGAGGGUGAAGAGGAAGAAGGGCAGACAGAUGCAAAAGUAAGCGAGGAAGAGGAGGAUGUUAGUCACAUUAUUAAGAAAGUGGCAGAGAACACUGAGGAUGAAAAAGAGAGUGACACUCUUCACUCUGGAGAGAAGUCAGACAGCGAUGUAGAUGAGGAGGAGGAUGAGAGCAAUGUUGUGGUAGAAGAUGAAGAAGAGGAGGAGGAAAAGAGUGGAGUAACAGAAAGUGAAAGCAAAGCAGAGACUGAAGAGAAAGACAGAAACGGAGGUGAUGUAGAAGAAGAGGAGUCGGAGGAAGAGGAAAGUGAGGAAGGGUCAAGUCACGAAACAGAGAGCAAACGUGGAGAUACUGAAAGUGACUUGGAAGAAGGGGACGAGGAAGAAGAAGGGAGUUUGGAGAGUGAGGGUGAAGAAGAUGAGGUUGAAAGUGAGUCUGUGAGGUCUUCAGAGAGAGAAGAAAGUGAGGAAGAGAGGGAGACCGAAGAAGGAGAAGAUGAAAAAGAGGAGGAAGAAAAAAGUAGUGCUGAAGAAGUAGAAGAGAGUAGUGAAGAGGAAAACAGUGAAAUUGAGGAAGAAGAGGAGGCGGAGGAACAAAGUGAGGAAAAGGAGGAAGAGACAGAGGAUGAGGAGGAGGAAGAAGAAAAAGAAGAGGAUGAACAAAGUGAGGAGAAGGAGGAAGAGACAGAGGAUGAAGAGGAGGCAGAAGAAAAAGAAGAGGAAGAAAGUGAGGAAAAGGAGGAAGAGACAGAGGAUGAGGAGGAGGAAGAAGAAGGAGAAGAGGAGGAAGAAAGUGAGGAAAAGGAGGCUGAAGCGGAAGAUGAGGAGGACCAGAGUGAGGAAGAAGAAGACGAGGAAGAGAAGGAAGAUGAAGAAGAAGAAGAAGAGGAGAAGGUUGUCAAAAAGAAAAGGUCUGCUGAAGUGAAAAGACAAAGUGCUAAAUCAGCAACUAGAAGCAAACUAAGGUUAGGGGUCAAAGGUCAGGCGGCAGGACUUGACAAAAGGGUUUGCUGAGACAUGGACCAAAGGCGAGGAACAAGGUCAAGAGGAAGAAGAAGGAGAGGAGGAAGAUGAUAAGGUUGAUGAUGAUGACGAGUUGGAGGAAGACGAGGAGGAGAAUGACACACUGUUGUCCUCGACAGAGAA